AUGCCCGCCUCUCUCGCCAGCCUCAGCCCUGAGCUCAUCGAUAUCAUCGUGUGGAAUCUGUUUAUCCUCGACAUUGAUGCCUCAUUGGCCCCCUAUGCAACAAUAUCGCACCCAUUCCAGGUUGCCGUGGAACGGAUUACCUUUGGCAGGGUAUACGUCCCCAGUGGCAGCCACCAACAACUGUGCGAAAUCGGCGCCCAUCCAUGGCGCAAAAGAUCGCUGCGGUCACUUGCAUACGAUAUAGACCUGCCCCGAUAUCCGACUUCCCGUCGCUACAAGAAGGAACGACGCAAGGAACACGAGGCUAACCUUGUCGCGUUCCACGAGGGCUUGACGACGCUGUGGAACGAACUUUCCACCUGGAAAGACAAGACACCCACGAUCGAACUCCAUCUGCUUGUGGAGUCCAAGACAGACCAGUUCGAAGAUGAGGUGUUUGGCCGAGAAUCUCAAGAAUAUCGGUGGCUUUACCCGAACCACAGCUUGACUAUUGAUAGCGAAAGGGUGACGCUCCCUACCCUGGAUUGUGCCAGUAGUUUCAUGGUUUCUGGUGGCCGGCGGAUCCAUCCCACAGCAUUAAAAGAUAUCUUCCUGACCUUACCCAAUCUGCGUGAGCUGAAUUUGACACUACCGCCUGUUCUUGCCCGCUAUAAAGCCUCGUGGGCAGAGUACAGGGCUGACUUGGCCAAGGCGCUGGAGGCUCCAACCCUGCAGAAGCUAGAGGUCCUGGCCCUAUCCAUGCAAGACUCGGCUCCGGAAAACCAUGACUAUAACAUAGCACUAUCAGAGGACCCGUCCUAUCCAAACGGGGACGUGCUGAGCCAUACAAUACGCAAGUUAGCCCAGCGAAGCCUCCAGGUACUUAUUAUGGGAGGCUCAUGCGUUAUUUCGCCGGCACUAUGGAGCACAGGACAGGGUGUUACAGAAUUUCCCUACCUCACUGAGCUGGACGUGGACAUGACCAUCACAACUUAUGACGGCCGGUGGUAUUACACGGGGGAUCCUGCAGCGACUGCCCCCACAGAGCUUGACCCAAUGGACGAAUUUGAGAUGGCAGCCGAUGUAGAGUCCGAGUCCGAGUCAACCAAUCCCGAGAUGUACGACCGGGAAAUAGAUGAGGUACGCGCUGCAUUCUUCAACGGCAAUAUCCCUUACCUCUGGAGACAGAACCCAGACCCUGAAAUGUACAACCCGUUGGUUCGAAGCCUAGUAGAAGCGACACUUGGUAUGCCGCAGCUGAAAUAUCUAAGUGUCACGACCAAAGGAGGCCCGGAAUAUAUUCACGGCCGUGAUGUCGAGAUUCAGCUUCAUUCCCCCGAGUUCGCCGAGAUGAAUCUGCCGGACCUUGAGGGCGCUACUGGAGAACGGAAAAAGUGGACAUGGUCUAUUGAGCUCGACCGUGAGGUGUCGUGGGAUUUGCCAGCUGAUAUACAGGAGACGAUGAAGAAGCGAGUGGGUGAAGACGGGCAGAUUCUCAUACACACGGAUGGGAAGGUACUUCAUCAGAUGUAA